GUCAGAGACUCAGAGAAAGUGAAACUAACUUGAUCAACAACAAUAUGAACACCUGAAACCAUCAAACUCUUUAAACAACAGAAUAUUGAGUCGUUCAAAGACCCUUGUGAACACAUCUGAUACUCACAGGUUUGAAGGGAUAAAGAACAAUGGCAGAAUCUUCACCAACAUCAACAAAACCAAGAAAAACCAGGAGAGGGAGUAUUGAACAUUUACCUCCAUACUGAACUGAUGAAGACACAGAAAGACGUGCAGCUGAUGAUCCAGAACACAAUCAAGAAGAUUCAAGACAUUAAACACUCAGCAGAAGUCAGAAAAGGAUUUUAUACUGAACUGCUGGAGAUGAUGGAGGAGCAGCAGAAAGCAGCAGAGAAACAGGAGCAAGAGCUGAUUGAAGAGCUGGAGCUGGAGAUCACUGAGCUAAAGAUGAGAAACACUGAGCUGGAGCAGCUCUCACACACUGAAGAUCACCUCCACCUCCUACAGAUUCACUCAUCCCUGUGCAGCCCUAGAAACAGCAGGAACUGGCCUGAGAUCAGUAUGAAGACUCAUGAGAGUCUGGAGACUCUGAGGAGAGCUCUGACUCAACUGAAGGACACUAUAGAUGAGAAACUCACACUAACUGUCUCUACAGAGCUGAAGGUGAUGCAGCAGUAUGCAGUGGAUGUGACUCUGGAUCCUGAUACAGCUCAACCUAAACUCAUUCUGUCUGAUGAUGGAAAACAAGUGAGAGAUGGUGACAUUAGACAGAAACUCCCAGACAAACCAGAGAGAUUUGAUACAUGUGUAGAUGUCUUGGGAAAGGAGGGAUUCUCGUCAGGGAGAUUUUAUUUUGAGGUGCAGGUGAAGGGAAAGACUGAUUGGACUUUAGGAGUGGCCAGAGAAUCCAUUAACAGGAAGGGAGAGAUCACACUGAGACCCAGUGAUGGAUGCUGGACUGUGUGGCUGAGGACUGGAGAUGAAUAUAAAGCCUGUGAUGAUCCUCCUGUCUCUCUGUCUCCGAGAGUGAAGCCGCGGCAGGUCGGUGUGUUUGUGGAUUAUGAGGAGGGUCUGGUCUGCUUUUAUGAUGUGGAGUCCAGCUCUCAUAUCUACUCUUUCACUGCUCAGUCUUUCACUGAAAAACUCUAUCCAUUUUUUGGUCCAUGCCCUAAUGAAGGAGGUAAAAACUCCAGCCCACUGAUCAUCACACCUGUCAGUUAUAAUAAAUGAAUUCACUCAAUUAUCAAAUGCAAGAUUAAAAUAAUUAAUUUUAUCAUUAAAAAUCUGGAAAC